AUGGCUACAUUCUCUAAAGUUAACUUCAAAUCACUCAACUAUAACACUUUCCGUCCACAUUAUCCUGCGCUGUUCUACAAAAUUUUGUCGGACUACGCAAUUGGUAAGGACCCUUCGAAGCUCCCAAUUGGGAAGUCUGUUGAUUUAGGAUGCGGAACUGGGGUGGCUACUUACCCACUCUUAAACAUCUCUGAGAAGGUCAUUGGACUUGAUCUUUCUGCUAAUAUGAUCAAGACUGCCAAUCUGUUAAAGCAGGAAAGAUGUAAGGAAAUGGGGGUCGAAUCUAAUCGUAUUGAAUUUAUCACUGGAAGUGUUGAAUCAUUAGUUACUAAAGGAGAAAGUUCUAUAUUUGGUAAGGGAGAUGUUGAUUUGAUUAGUGCAGCUCAAUGUAUUCAUUGGUUUCAAGAUUAUCCGAAAUUUUUCGAAGCUUCUGCCAAGCUGUUGAAAUCUGGAGGUACAUUGGCUUAUUGGUUUUAUAUUGAUCCCAUUGUAGUUGACUAUUCAGGAAGUGAAAAUGAUACAAAAGAAGUGAAGAUUUCUAAAUUACACAGAUCAAGGGAGAUUAUCGAUAAAUAUUUAUAUGAUGAUCCUAAUUUUGCUGGUCCACAUUGGGAACAACCUGGAAGAAAUAUUCUCCGUGAAUAUUUGGAAGAAGUUAAUAAAAACAUUCCUCGUGAUUUGUUUGAAGAUAUUCAAAUCAAUCAAUUCCAUGCAGAUGUGGAAAAUGCACCCUUCCCAGGUCAAAAUGAUUUGGAUAUCGUCAAUCAUAAGCUCCCGGUGAGUGCAGUUGGCGACUACAUUGGUACCAAUAGCGGGUACCAUAACUACAAGGAGGUAAACGGUGAGAAGGCAAUUGAUAUCCCCAAUCAAAUUUUAAAAGAGUGGGAAACUGAAUUAGGUUGGGAUAAGGAGACUACAGUUGAAUUUGUUUACAAUACCGGCUACACAUUUAUGAAGAGAAAACAGUAG